UUCUGUGCUGCUCUGAGCCUCCUCCUGGAAUGCUUAGUCUCACAUUCAAAAAGAAAACAUGCACUGCUGCUGCGGAGAGUGAAGCUGGAAGACAAUUGGGGGCAAACCUUCCAAUGAAGGAGAACCGAGGACGUGGCAUGUAGCCAGGAUUUGUCAUCGGGAACAAUCCAGGCCAGAAGCAGGAGCAGCAAAGGGGUGUAUGAGGGAGAAGGGGGAUUCUUUUAAGGCACGGAGUCUGGGCAGAGCUGUACGUUGCUGAGGAAUAGCUGUGUCUAUUUGAAGGUGAGGAAUUGUCUGAGAAACACUGGAGAAGCACUCUGCAAGGAUAGGUUACACAUCCCAAGAACUGACUUGUGACUCUGUUCCUGCACUACAUUCAGAACCUUUCCAAAACACAAUGGCCAAACUGUUGCAAGCUCUACCCAAAUGUCUUCCCCCAGACUGGCACAUUGCAAACAAGAUGCAGUGUGCCAGUACAGAAUCUCAGAAAUCCAGUUCAGAACGUGUGACUGCUGAGAGUCAGAGGCUGGUGGAUGAAACAGAAAAGACAACUCAGAAAACACAAAGUGAUGUUAACAAGAAAAUAGAACAGAGACUGGAGGAAAUAAAAUUCUGGAAGCAAGAAUUAGAUGACAAACUUGAACAGAUUGUUAAUGAGACAGAGGUACUACUGACUUUCAAGACCAGGCUGGAGAAAGCCUUAGAAAGCUGCAAAGAGCCGCUUGUUGUUGCCCAACAGUGUCUCCUGAACAGGGAGAGGCGAGUUGGGAUUGACUUGGUCCAUGAUGAAGUGGAACAGGAACUGGUCAAGGAAGCUGAAGUCCUCCAAGGAGUUAUUGCUUUGCUUGAACGCACAUUGGAACAAACCAAUGAGCAAAUCAGACUGAACCGUUCAGCAAAGUACAAGCUGGAAAUGGAUCUGAGGGACAAGUUCACAGCCUUAAUGAUUGAUGAUUACUGUGCUAGCUUGACAAACAACACUCCUGAUAUCAGAUAUGCUAAUAAUGUGGUGAAAAUAGAAGCAAAUUCUGUGAGCCUUGAAGACUGGAUAGAUUUUUCAAAUGUAAAUAUUGAAAAGGCUGACAAACAGCGAAACAGUUCUUUGGCACUGAGGGCACUGAUUGACUGCAUCCUCUCCCAGACACUGAACGAUGUGCGCAAGCAAUUUGAGACGGUGAAUGUUGCUUUUAGAAAUAGGGUGAAGGAGGUCAAAGAUGCAAAGCACAAGCUAGAGACACUACUUGCAGUGGUGAUGGAUGAGACUGCCUCACAGGAGAAGAACAUUGCAGCCUUAGAGAAAGCAAUCACUGAUAAAGAGGGACCUGUUCAAGUGGCUCAAACUCGCUUGGAGGCAAGAACCUAUCGCCCCAACGUGGAACUGUGUUGUGACACAGUGCAGUACAGGCUGAUCAGUGAAGUUCAAGAAAUUACAAAUAAUAUUCAGAGAUUGAAGGACACAUUGGCACAGGCUGAAGCACAGCUGAAAGGUCUGAGCCGCCGACAGCUUUCCUUGGAGGAGGAGAUCCAGGUCAAGGAGAAUACAUUGUACAUUGAUGAAGUGCUCUGCAUGCAAAUGAGGGAAUCUGUUUCCAUUAACAGCUUCUGAAACUGUCACACUGGGAGGCUCUGUGUGUUCCAGCAAGCAAGCUCCUGCUCAGAGAUGAGGUGGUGCAAAGCUGGAGUCAACAAUGCCCUACUGAUUCUAGUUUCGUGAGGUAAUUAAAAGAGACCGAGCACCCCCCCCCCCAGUUCUCUGUGUCACAGAUAUCUAUGCUACAGAACAUCUGAUGAAAUCUCCCAUUUAGCAAUAAAGUUACAGAGUAAGAAGGAAU